GGCCUGAAAUAGGUAGUGAUAUUCGGUUUGUUGUAGGACAAUAUAUUAACAUUGAUUUCCGUGGUUGUUGUUAUACAUGAUAACUUAGCACGACCGGCAAAGUGUGCCAUAAAGUGAUGGGAAUGAAUGGAUGACAUUAAGUGACUGAAGAAAAAUCAUCAAAGUCAUGCCUGCUUCUUGGGAAACUUUACCAGAAGUUGUCCUUGGUAAGGUUUUCAGCCAAUUGGAUGUUGUUGGUAAAAUUUACAUCCGGUCUAUAUGCCUGCAUUGGCAGCGGGCGUCGUCCCGACCGGAAGUGUGGAAGUCAUUUGCGUAUUCCGAAAGGAACGUUUGGGAUUCUAUGUUUCCAUUAGGCAUGCCUGCAUCUAUAGAGGAUUUCGAAAGGUACCGGAAGUUUCACGAGGAGUUGCUGUUUUGUGUUCGAACAUUUGGUGCAUUCUUCACUAACGUAGAACUUGAGCUGAAAGGUAAUCAGUCUUGGGAGGUGUUUGAUUGUUUGUCACAGACAAGCCAUAAAGUCAAUUCUCUUAUACUCUUGAAACGGGUUGAAGGGGAGACAUUUUCGAUUCCUUUUAAAACCGCGGUUUUUGAAUUCUGUAAAAGAAAUGUGAAAAUUAGAAACGUUCACAUAGACGACGUGAACUUUCAGGGACAGAAGAAUGAAGCACUUCCGCUUGGUUUGAUACAUUCAGCGUACUUACAAAAUCUACGGAUUGUGAACUCAUUCAAAGGUUGUUCUUUGAGCAAUUUAAUGUAUUUGGUGAAUUUGAAGGAACUUACAAUCAAUCCAAACCAAAUGAACUUCAGUUUACUAAAGCAUUUAGCUGGAUGCUCACUCCGGCACUUAUAUAUUGUGGCUAACUACAAAACAAAAGACUUUUACAACGAAGCUUUGAGUAACUUUCACUGGAAGGAGAUACGGCAGUGUGGGCCGAAGCUUCGCGUCCAUUGCCGUCUAGCCGUCCUCCAUGAGUGGACCGAAAAGGAGGUUCUACUCAAGGCAAACAUGCCUCUGUCAUCCCUCGUAUAUCGGAAAAACCGUUGGGUGAAGUGCUGGGCGGAGUUAAGCCGAACACUCAGCAAGUACGGCGAUACACUGGAGGAGGUUGUGGAUUUUAGUCUGAGUGAACAAGUGUACAGACACUCUGAUCACAUAGGCUAUUUUGACAGGAUUGACCAACAUGUACUAAACAUCAUCAGGUGGUGUCCCAAACUCUCUACCUUCACUGUCAAAGAAACACUCUCCAGUGCGAUCAUUCUUCUCGUUGCCUACCAUAAAAGGGAUUUUCCAAAUUUAUUAAUUCGAGAGGAUAUGAUUUCUUAUCUGAACGAUCUUCCUGACGAUAUCACAGAAGACAUUGCUGCCAGGAAUUUUGUUGACAACAACUGGCAGAAAGGGAUAUUCUGCCAAGCCAUGUCAUGCAUUCUUGGCCGAGAGUGGCGCCCUCUUGACAAAGAAGAAUAUUGCCGAUUAGUCCAGUGGAAAUAUAGUCAAUUGUUUUGAUUUGUUGUUUUACUUAGUAAAAGAAUGGUGCGUAUUCUUGCAUAAUGGUCGUAUACACAAUGAUUCGAUGACAAACAGUUAGCAGUUUGAUCUACUGGAUGUUUUGUUGAUUGUCUUUUCACUAUCCAACUUCACCAGAACCGAUAGCUCAUAUGAAAUCACCAUUAUUCUCAAACUGAUUGAUUUCUCAGUGUAAUUGUUCGUCGAUUUAUUCCGAAACUCCAGUUGACUGCAUUUGUUUGUGCCGCCCUGAAGCUUGGAAUUGCGUACUUUUGUGCUGCCCUGAAGCUUGGAAGUGCGUACUUUUGGGCCAUCCUGAAACUUGGAAGUGCGUAUUUUUGGGCCGUCCUGAAGCUUGUAAGUGCGUAUUUUUGGGCCGUCAUGAAGCUUAAAAAUGCGUGCUUUUGUUAUAGUCCAUUCUCUUUGGACGCUUUUAGACCUUGUUGAGUAAAGAGGUUUUUUUGUGUGAAGAAUUAGGGAUUUAUCUUAUUUGUGGGUAAAUCAAACAAGGGAAAUAAAUAUUAUUAUACCUUACGGUGUUGUCAACAUGUUUACCUUACUUGCAUCCAUUUACAAUUUGUAUGGUACGUGUAUGCUACAACAUUGAAAUACAGCACAUCUGAAAGCUUUAGUUAAGUUCUCAUUUCAUCCUCUGUCGUGUACCUCGUAAGGAGAAUCACAACCACAAGUGUAAUGUCUUCUGAUGUGUUACACUCAACGUGAAAAAUCAACUUUAAAAAUUUGCCAAAAUAUUCUCUCUCGGUUAUCGCAUAGAAAAGCUAUUGAAAUCAUGAUAUCGCUGAAAGACAUUUUUGUUUGGACGAUAUUGGCUUUGUUGCGUUUUUAAAUGUAGGCUAAUUCAUUUCAUUAGCACUUGGAGUAUAUAUUAAGCUUCGUAAAACGUGAAAGUUAAUUAAUUAUCAGACUUAACCAAGCGUACAUUUUACAUUAAAGAUACUGGCCGUCAAAUUUUGCCAUUUGUGCUAUUUUUGCGUUUAGUACAAGAAAAUGUCCAAAUCAUUUCAUUUCCACUGUACACAUGUGUGUAUUUAAACCAUUUAUUGAAAAUGAUAAUUAUGCUAAGAUGGGUCUACAAACACGUGUUCAUAUUGAAAACUUCAUCACAUGCAAUGUUAUCAUAACUUCU